AUGCCUUACAAGCUAUCAGCCACGCUAUCGGCUCAUUCAUCUGAUGUUCGUGCAGUAGCUUCCCCGACAGACAGUAUCAUCCUUUCAGCAUCACGAGAUUCCACCGCGAUCUCCUGGAAACGAUCAUCGCCAACUUUCCCCUUUACCCCUUCAUCCAUUCUACGAGCUGGGUCAAGAUUCGUCAAUGCUGUACAAUACAUUUUCCCAUCGCCUGAAGCACCGCAAGGAUACGCUGUUGUUGGGGGGCAAGAUAUGGUCAUCAACAUUUUUGCGCUAGGUUCAGCACAGAAAGAGGACCCUGAAUAUUCGCUGGUGGGACACACUGAUAAUGUUUGUGCUCUUCAUGUUGGCCAAUCUGGCACCAUCAUCUCUGGGUCAUGGGACAAAACCGCAAAAGUCUGGAAAAAUUUCCAGUUACUGUAUGAUUUGAAGGGACACCAACAAGCAGUUUGGGCAGUCCUUGCCAUUGACGACAAACAAUUUCUGACCGCUUCGGCGGAUAGAACCAUCAAGUACUGGGUUCAACACAAGAUGAUGCGGACGUAUGAAGGGCAUAAGGAUGCGGUUCGUGGCUUGACUCUAAUACCUGACAUAGGCUUUGCUUCAUGUUCCAACGAUAGCGAGAUUAAGGUGUGGACAAUGGAGGGCGAUGUAGUCUACACGCUGUCUGGACACACCUCAUUUGUGUACAGUCUGUCUGUGCUCCCGAAUGGAGAAAUAGUAUCGGGCGGCGAAGAUCGCUCUGUGAGGGUGUGGCGAGAUGGUGAAUGUGUGCAAAUGAUCGUUCAUCCGGCGAUCUCUGUUUGGGCUGUAUCCACAAUGCCCAACGGAGACAUUGUCAGUGGCUGUAGUGACGGUAUCGUUCGAGUCGCAACGGAGCUGAAGGCAUUCGAAGAUCAUAUCGCAAGCCAGGCAAUCUCGUCACAGCAAGUGGGCGAUGUCAAGAAAACUGAUCUUCCUGGUCCAGAUGCAUUGCUCAAUCCAGGUAAGAAAACUGGAGAAGUGAAAAUGAUCAAAAAUGGCGACAUUGUUGAGGCACAUCAGUGGGAUAGCGCAACAUCGAGCUGGCAGAAAAUCGGCGAUGUUGUGGACGCGGUCGGCUCUGGAAGGAAGCAGCUUUUCAAUGGCAGGGAGUAUGAUUACGUAUUUGACGUCGAUGUGCAUGAAGGUGCACCUCCGUUGAAACUCCCAUUUAAUGUGUCCGAGAAUCCAUAUGCAGCUGCUCAACGCUUUCUAGAACAGAAUGAUUUGUCGACGAACUACAUUGACGAAGUUGUAAAAUUCAUAGAGAAGAAUACUUCGGGAGUCAAUUUAGGCGUCAGCAAUGAAUAUGUUGACCCGUACACCGGAGCAUCAAGAUAUCAGGCUUCUGCCCCCUCAGCAGCGCCAGUUCCAUCUACGUCUUAUAUGGAUCCUUUUACGGGUGCGGCUCGGUACAGCGGCGCUCCUGCCCCUACGCCUCCAAUUCCCUCGGCGUCACCUUCAGCCUCCGAAAAUCAUACCCUAUUUCAGCUCAAUGCUAAUUUCACCAGGCCAAGUUUGUAUCUUUCAAACAAGCUAAUGUAUCAGCAAUGCAAGCAAAAGUUGGUAAUCAUCGAAGAAGCCUUCACUUAUCUUUCUCAAGUCACUUCGACAACUUCUCGGAGCCCUCUUACAACGCUAUUAUACAGAUUCCUGGAGCGAUGGCCGGCGUCUCAGCGUUUCCCUGAUGCUUCCGCAGCCCCCGGUGGACGAGAGCGAUUUUUCGCAUGCUUGUUCAAGGCAUCUGAUUGGACUGAAGUCCAAUCACGCGGGAAGGCUAUGUCAAAGGCUCAAGAAACGAAUAUUCUGUUACUAGGAACUCCUGUAGGACGACGGGCAGUUUUCGAAGCGCUAAGUCACACACCUUACACACUUUUGACAAAGGUGCAGCGCGUGGCUUUGGCGACCAUCCUCUUCAACUUCUCUUGCGCUUACCAGAAAACGUCCGUCGCUAGAGACGUCCUGAACCAACACACUGGGCUAGUCCUUCAGUUGCUACGUUCAAAUACAGAUGACGCAGAGGUUACCUACCGCACCCUGGUCGCUUUAGGGGAACGUAGAAUAUACGCGGCACUCCGUUGGAUUCUGCGCAGUCUGCAGAAGUUGCAAAAAGUGAUGUCAGCUCUCCCGACAUUCCCUGACGAUAGAAUCAGGAAUGUGGUUAGCGAGAUCAAUGCACUGCUAUGA